AACAGACCCAAAGACCAAGUAAUUGCAGUACAACUUGUUCGAUAGAGGCCGGAUCGCCCGCGAUGACGCUGCCAUUGUCAUGCUGAGCAGGCGAACGAGGUGAUGUGAUGAUCUUCUUGCGCGCAGUUAAAGUUCUCCAGGGUCGACGCGCUAAAGCGCCGACCGGAUUUUCCUCUCACCUCCGAACUGCGAUCAUCAAGUUCGCAGCGUCUCCUACAACCCUUGCUAAGACAGAGAUGGCGGCCCCGAAGGGAUUAUGGAGGUCUAUCAGUUGCAUUCAUACCUCGGGUUGGUCUACAUCGAUGAAGGUCAGUCCUAUUGUGAGACGAAACAUCACAACCGAACUACCUCUCGAACACUCUUACAAGGCACCUGCGGGAGGAAAAUUCCCACUGCAAGUACCUGAGCAUAUUCGACAGCCCAACAUCACCACAACAAUAUACUCUUUUCCCGAACUAGAGCCUCUCCGGUUCGAACAAUUCCCUGCUGACCACCUUCACCUACCUCUCCGUAAGGAUAUCCUCCAUCGCGCUGUGAUAUUUGAAGGCGACAACACGAGACUAGGGACAGCAUCAACGAAGUGGCGGCGAGAGGUGCACGGCUCUACCAAGAAAGUACAUCCUCAGAAAGGCAUGGGAAAAGCCCGUGUUGGAGACAAGAAGAGUCCUAUCCGGCGGGGUGGAGGUGUGGCCUUUGGUCCCAAACCAAGAGAUUUCGGUACCGAGCUCCCGCAGAAGGUCUACGAUCUUGCGUGGCGGACAGCUCUAAGUUACCGAUAUCGCAAGGGUGAAUUGACAAUUGUAGAUGGCACUAUUGAGGUUCCGCCCAAUAGUGCUGAAGACACGGUCAGAAAGCUGUUUGGAGACGAUUACCCGCUGAAUCCUUCCCAGGGAGGGAAUCUAGUGGUAUCUUGUGUUGAGCCUGUCAAUUUGGCGAAGGCGAUGGAAUACACGUCGAGAUACGGUUUAGCGGUGUCGAUGCUCGACGUCGAUGUGAAAGAUCUCUUGAAGCAAGGACGGAUCGUUAUUGAGCUACAGGCACUAAAAAUUCUACUGGCGUCGCAUGCAAGCGAUCUACAACCAGCGAGAGCUAAAUUAUUGGUGGAUCGGUAGUAAGAAACGCUCGACAAAAUACGACACGAAUCGAGUCGCGUCAUGCCUACAGGGUCGAAGGGGGAAUGACUAUUCGAC